AUGGCUGUCGGCAGCACACCUCUCUCCCCUAAAUCACAGCAAGAUCUCAACAUGGUCAUGCCUAUGCCUCCUCCUCUGUUGCACACUCGUUCUGGCAACGAGAUGUACGACCGUCCUCACACCCCCACGACCCCAGGUGGCGGCGUUGUGCAUGGCUUCACGAGUCCCGUGCAAACCCCUCAAGGCAGUCCAAGCAAGAGACAACUCCCUCCCGGAGCCAACGAUCUGCCCAAUGUAUUUGACAGUGCCAUGAAACUGGCUCCCACCUCGCCCACCAAGACUCAGCCAAAGUCCCCUGCCAAACAAGGCUUCUCUCCUGGUGACGAGAAUAUGAGUGAAGAUCCCUUCGCAGAUCCUCCUACCCAGUAUCAUGGCCGCUCAGAGAGUCCCACACGUCAGUCCAACAAAGAAAACGCACCUGCUGGUAACCUGGGAUACGGCAAAGGUGUUCAGCAGAAUCAUGCUGCCAUCUCGCGGCAAGAACAAUAUCGGACUGCAGACUCCAAGAAGACCAUGACCACGACCAAAGGUCUCACCGCUGAGGAGUUGCAAAAGUUGCAACUUCCGAAAGUUAAACGACUGGCAAACGUGACUCAAUUGUACUUCCUUGACUACUAUUUCGACCUCCUCUCAUACGUCCACAAUCGUCAAUCCAGAGAGGCUGCUUUCAAAGCCUCGUUCCCUAAUCCACCCGAGACCCCAAGAGAAGAGUACGACAACGCGCUCCACAAAUACCUUGGGCGCGAGCGGGCCAAUCUGCGCAAACGCCGUACUCGCCUUCGUCAUGGUGACUUUCAAAUCCUUACCCAAGUUGGUCAAGGCGGAUACGGUCAGGUCUAUCUCGCCCAAAAGAAAGACACUCGAGAGGUCUGCGCACUCAAGGUCAUGAGAAAGAAACUCCUCUUCAAACUGGAUGAAGUACGGCACAUCUUGACUGAGAGAGACAUCCUCACCGCCGCCAAAUCCGAAUGGCUUGUCAAGUUGCUCUACUCUUUUCAAGAUGAAGAACAGAUCUACUUGGCUAUGGAGUACGUGCCUGGAGGCGACUUUCGAACCCUGCUCAAUAACACCGGCGUUCUUCACAACCGUCACGCAAGAUUUUACAUUGCCGAAAUGUUCUCCUGUGUGGACGCCUUGCAUACAUUGGGCUACAUUCACCGCGACUUGAAACCAGAGAAUUUCUUGAUUGAUGCCACAGGACACGUCAAACUUACCGACUUUGGACUCGCCGCGGGCAUGCUUAGCCCCAUCAAGAUCGAAAGCAUGCGCAUCAAGCUCGAGGAAGUAGGAAAUGCGCCAGUUCCCUUCGGCAUGCCCGCCGUGGAAGAUCGCUCUGCCGACCAACGCCGCGAGGGUUAUCGUUCCCUACGCAAGAAGGACAUCAACUACGCCAAGUCUAUCGUUGGGUCCCCUGACUACAUGGCCCCAGAAGUUCUCAAGGGUGAAACAUAUGAUUUCACUGUCGACUACUGGUCUUUGGGCUGCAUGCUCUUUGAAGCCUUGGCAGGGUACCCACCGUUCGCAGGCGCCACCGUCGACGAAACCUGGCAAAACCUGAAACGCUGGCAGCGUGUGCUCCGUAAACCCAUCUAUGACGACCCCACCUACUUCCUCUCCAAGCGUACCUGGGAUUUGAUCACUCGCCUCGUCGCCGCUAAAGAUCAUCGGUUCAAAUCUAUCUCUGAAAUCCACAAGCACGAGUACUUCGCCGAAGUUGACUUCUCGAAGCUAAGAGAGCAGAAGGCCCCGUUUGUGCCGGAGUUGGAUUCAGAGACAGAUGCUGGUUACUUUGAUGAUUUCUCCAAUGAGGCGGAUAUGGCGAAGUACAAGGAGGUGCAUGAUAAACAGAGAGCACUGGAGGAGAUGGCAGAGCGGGACGAAAAGAUGGGCAAGGGUCUUUUUGUGGGAUUCACGUUUAGACAUCGCAAGCCAGAUACCGAAGGAAGCCCGAGGAAGAGAAUCGAGACUGAGGGCACAUUUGGAACGAUCUUCUGA